GGUUAAAUAAAAUCAAAAGAACUAGAUUUCAGAGUAUUAAAAUAAAUGUUAAAUGGAAUUGAAUAAUAAGGCUGAAAGUAGGAUCAAAAUUUCGACUCGGCUGUCUAACGUAUUUGCGUACUACAGAUUCUGUAGCGAAAUUUACUGGUUACAAUCAGCGAGAUACAAGGGUGGAGCAUUAAAGUGGGAGUGUUUCCACUACGAGUCAAUGAAUAUUCACCGAUUAUCGGUGAAACAUUCUCAAAAACGAUUCAAUCAGAAGAUCAUUUUUACUGGUUCACUUUAAGGGAGCGAUAAUUGCAGUAAGCAUGUAUCGCGAACAAUACGCCCGUCGAAUCCGCUCGCGCGAAUCUCAAUUCGCGAAGUGCUUUCGCUCUUAUUGAAUUAGUUUACAACUAACGUCAUUGGUGCGUGAGUUCGUCUCGAAUUAUCUACACAGUCAGUGCACACGGCCACUAGUAGAGCGAGACCACCGUUAAUUCCGAACAGUAUAGUGUUCGUUCCUGCUCCGAAUAAAAAGUGUCUCACACGCGCGGGUGCUUUCCGACAUUUGGAUAGAAAGAGAUUUCACGCAGCUCCCCUCCCACACAUUCUCUCGAGAAACGCGUUAGAAUAAUGCUGCUUCACUAAAGAUUCAUGUCAAGUUUAAACAACGCAUAAUGGAGUUGCUUUGUGAAAUCUUACGGAGCAAAAUGUUGAUGUGAACUAACAACGCACAAAAUACGUUCGAUCCACAUUCACAUUCUGUAACUGGUUGCAAAAGCGACUGCAUGAUUUCCGCGAGACAAUAUCGGACGUAGUUUCCGCGUUAGCGAAUCAGGUGGCCGCAUUUAACGCUAAACGCGCAGUAUGUAUACGGGCCCGUGAAUUUACGUAGUGCCGAGUAAUAGCCACCGAAAAUGAGUCUGCGCUGGAUUCACGAGAAUCUGGAAGCGCCGACGUGCGACGAGGAGUGCAGCGAUAUCGACGAUAGCUGCAGCGACGACAGCUACGACACGGAUCUGUCUCUUCACGAGGACAACGAAGCGACGACGGAAAACGGCAAGGGGAUCGCUCGUGACAAUCGGAAGAAGAGGGAAACCAGAAGGCCACCCACCACGACCCUCACCUUCGACGAGAACGGGACGCCGCGUAACGUCGACGCCAAAUCGCGCAAAUAUUCGCCGUACGUGAUAUGGGAUCCUCGGCAGCCGGCGAAAAAUCCCGCCUACAAUUGCCGCGCAAUAAAACUGUAUUGUCGGACCGGGUAUCAUCUGGCAAUAACACCGUCGGGACGAGUGCGUGGAUUAUAUGGCAACAAUGAGUCGCACGUUUUACUUCAUGUGAUAUCCGUAUCUUUUGGCAUUAUCAAAAUACAAAGUGUCGAAACAAGGCUGUAUUUAGCAUUCAAUAAGAAAGGCCGAUUAUACGGAGAGGUGAAUAUGAACAACGACAAUACCGAAUGGGAGCAGUGGAGCAUCGGCGCCUACGACGCGUUUCGAUCACGUAAAUACGUGCACUAUGGCUGGUGGAUAGGGAUAAAAAAGAACGGACGUGCGAAGCCGGGGCCGAAAACGUCCUGGGGACAAAAGGCGAUACAAUUCUCAGCUAUUCAAGAGGAUUAAUCGAUCAAACGAGGAAAGUUCAAGAACGUGCCCGGGCAUGCCUCACGAGAUAUGCUUUUUAGCUUUGAUGAAAAUGAUCGUUCGUAUUCCGAUCGUUACGUGAUUCGUCAAAGUUCCCGGAAAGAAGUUCAGUACGAGACAGUGAUGAAUGAGAGUUCUAUGAGGGAAGAAAUGAUGACGACUAAAGGAUAAGGAAUAAAGAACUUAUUCAGACGAGAAAUCACGAGAAAUGACCGAUCAGUAACACGUUCCAAUAGAAUAUAAUGUUUAUUAUAACACUGUGUUGUCACUCAACAAUGGGAUAAUUUGGGAUUGUGCAUUCUGCUUGUGCCCUCAAACUGAAACUCUAUCGCAAGUCGCAGUUUCUCUCAUUUUGCGGUAAAUAUAUAUUUGUUAACAUAUAUCAAUCGUCGAAUCAAUACGCUGACAAGCAAGAUGAUUGCAUAACUCGUAAUUUAUGUAACUUGAAAAUCGUUCCGUCGUAAACAGCGAAAACUGGCCAUCUUGCUUGUAGCAUACACGCGAAUAUCAAUUUGUCAUAAUAUAUUAUUAUAUAUAAUUAUAUAGCAUAUUGUAAUUGUAUAUAAUUAUACAUCAUCUCUUUUGUACAUCUACAUACAAUGCGUACAUAUAUAUAAAUACGUCGAAAUUUUCAAGCAAGAGUUUUCUAUGAAAAAAGAGAACACUCUCUCCAACGUGUGAGAAAUAUGACUUCAAGUGUUUCAAUAUUUAGCAUUGCAAUGUGAACAUGAAGUGUGCAUUUCGGACAGAUUUCUAUAGAUUUUCGUAUAAAUGCAAAGAAUCAAUGGAUCCAGAUGAAUCAAAUGAUUCAUCCAUAUACGAUUGCAAAUUAAGUAAUUAAAGUUACCGACAUAUGUUAAAUAAAUAAUAAAGAAUUAUGAAAUUA